CUCUGAAGGCGGAUCCAGAAGAACUGUUUACAAAACUGGAGAAAAUUGGUAAGGGCUCUUUUGGUGAAGUUUUUAAAGGAAUUGACAAUCGGACUCAGAAAGUGGUUGCUAUAAAAAUCAUUGACCUAGAAGAAGCAGAAGAUGAAAUAGAAGACAUCCAACAGGAAAUCACAGUGCUGAGUCAGUGUGACAGUCCCUAUGUAACUAAAUAUUAUGGAUCCUAUUUAAAGGAUACAAAGUUAUGGAUAAUAAUGGAAUAUCUGGGUGGAGGCUCUGCACUCGAUCUAUUAGAACCUGGCUCACUUGAUGAAACCCAGAUUGCCACAAUACUAAGGGAGAUACUCAAAGGUCUUGAUUACCUACAUUCAGAAAAGAAAAUCCACAGAGAUAUUAAAGCGGCUAAUGUAUUGCUAUCUGAACAAGGAGAGGUAAAACUAGCAGAUUUUGGAGUCGCAGGUCAACUAACAGAUACACAAAUAAAGAGGAAUACCUUUGUGGGAACACCAUUUUGGAUGGCACCUGAAGUAAUAAAGCAAUCUGCUUAUGAUUCAAAGGCAGAUAUCUGGUCAUUAGGCAUAACAGCCAUAGAACUUGCAAAAGGAGAGCCACCUCAUUCAGAAUUACAUCCCAUGAAAGUUUUGUUCCUCAUCCCUAAGAACAAUCCACCAACGUUGGAAGGAAACUUCAGUAAAUCCCUCAAAGAGUUUGUUGAAGCCUGCUUGAACAAGGACCCAGGCUUUAGACCUACUGCAAAGGAACUCUUAAAACACAAAUUCAUUUUACGAAAUGCCAAGAAAACUUCUUACCUGACUGAGCUUAUUGAUAGGCACAAGAGAUGGAAGUCUGAACAAAGUCAUGAUGACUCCAGCUCAGAUGACUCAGAUACUGAACCAGAUGGCCAGGCUUCAGGUGGGAGUGACUCAGGAGAAUGGAUCUUCACAAUAAGAGAAAAAGAUCCCAAGAAUCUAGAGAAUGGAGCAGCUCAGCCUUUGGAGUUGCAAAGAAAUAAGGAAAAGGACAUCCCCAAAAGGCCUCUAUCCCAAUGUCUGUCAACAGUUAUAUCCCCUUUAUUUGCAGAGUUGAAAGAGAAAAGUGAAGCAUGUGGUGGUAACACGGAUUCCAUAGAAGAACUGAAGAAGGCUAUUUAUUUAGCUGAAGAAGCUUGUCCAGGCAUUGCAGAUAACAUGGUGUCACACCUUGUGCAGAGGCUUCAGAGAUAUUCACUAGCUGGAGGAAGUACUUCAUCCUACUAAAGUACUCUUCUUCUGAGACAACAGAGAUCCCAUGGUGUCUGCACUGAAGAAGUGAAUCCUGAUGUUGUUCUGCCCCUUAGUCACCGAAAUAUCCUCCGGUGAAAGGACAUUCUUCAACGUGCAAGAGUGACAGUGAAGUCUCUCAGAUGGAGGCAGUCUUUUUCAGCUCCUUAAAGCUAUAGUUUUUUUUAAUGAUAAUGCACAUAUUCCAGGGAGGUGUCUUUUUGUAAAAUCUGAGAUGUAUAUUUAGGUUUGUGAUAGAGAAAUUGAAGAUAUUGAGAAACCUCAGGUAUCUUGCUUUAAGAAUUCCACUGGGAGAUGGAAUAUGUUUGUUGGAAUUGUGUACAGAUCUGUAUAUAAUGUCUUUUUUUAACUGAAAGCCUUUCGACGUGCAUAAGGAAUCACUGUGUACAAAAUGGUAAAGUGCUUCUGUAGAUAAUGUUAGUGGGGUAAAUAUUUGACAGGCCAUAACUUGAGUAUUGCCUUGCCUUUAUUACAUGUAAAUCUCGAACCAUGUGAUAAGUGAAUCUUGGGUUGAUUUUUUUUCUAUGUGAAGGAUUUGCCAUUGGGAGAUAGUUAAUCCUGUACAAUGGACCCUUCUAUUUGUACCUCAGCAAAGACACAAUUUUGCUCUGUUUCUCCGGUAUUUCUUCCUUUUUAUCUAUUUUCAGAGUGUGAUUUUCCAAUUAUGGUACUACUUCUGAUUGUUUUAAAUUUAACACACCUUCUUUCUCAAAGCUUUAAAUUCAAAUUGUUUUUUCCUGUAGGAUGAGCUCUUUCAUGACUUCAAUUUUAAAUUGUGCCAAUGCAAGCUCUGAACCUUAUGUGUUCUUCAGUUUUAUUAAUAGAUAUUCGUGAAGCUUGUCAUGAAAUUCAGACACACGCUUUUUUCCCACCUAAAACGUUUGAAUGCUCACACAAAUAAAUUUUUAUUACUUGCAUUUAUUCUGAAAUACUAAGGUGUUGGCUCUGAGAGAGGCAGAUGUUUCUCCUUUAUGCCUGUUUUUACCAUUUACGAUCAGUGUCUCGCAGCAUGAAAGAAAAAUUAUCCAUUUAUUCAGUUGGGUCUUGCUGCCUGAAGCUGUGAAUCCCUUUACUAAUAGAUGUUGGACACGAAGGCAACAAAAACUGAGUCAGGAGGGCUGAAUGCUGUCCUGUUACCUCCCAGAAAGAAGAAAAUUUGGAACUCUAAAAAUUUCCAGUGUUAUUCUCUAGGAUAGCUGGUUAAGCUAAAAUUUCCUUAGAAAUAAUACCAUCUGUUACACAGUUGAUUAAGUGGCUUAUUUUUUUUAACCUACCAGUAUGACAUUGAGUUUUUCCUUGGUUUGAUUCACCAAGGCUGUUCAGGUGCUUGUCAUUCUGUUUGCCUAGUUUUGGUGAGGGGAAAAAAAGAGGUGAUUUUAGGUUUUGGACAGUCAGGCAUCCUAUCUGUUUAAAUGUUUUAUCAUUAUUAUUUUUAAUAAAGAUAAAAGCUUUGAAAGAAAGGAUUAAAAUAAGUAUGGGUAUAUCGACCUGACGUCAUACAAAAAGGACCCAGUCUCUAUAAGUACUCUGGGAGCUGGUGAGGGACUUCUCAGCACCAAGCUAGCCCUUACUGUAUGCAUAUUAGUAGCCUUAAUUAUUAAUGUAACGAUUUAACGGUGUUAGAAGACGCUGCUAAGCUAACAGAGCUAUGAAACUUCUGAUCAAGUUGAAACAACUGUUAAAAGAAAUGGAAAUCUGUGCUCUCAUUCUUGUGGCCGUGUUCUUAGACACAACACAUCUGCCAACAUAACCAUGGCCUGGUUUUCCUUUACGGCCAAGAUGAAUUGGACAAUACAUACAUCUGAGCAGUGGUUUGUAACUCUUCUUUAAUUGAGUUCAUUAUAUAUGUUGUUUUGUGUGCCCCGAACGUGAAGGGUGCACUUGUGCUUGAGGAGAUGAAUUCAGCUCUGUGAAUUGUGCAGCUGAAUACAGGGCAAUGGGAAAUGCACCUUCUUGCAUCUCGAUGUUCAGCCACUCGGUAGAUACACACCGUUACAGCAUAUGGAAAUGAACUGUUGUAUUGACAUUCAAAAUACAAAUAGAAAAAUGGAAGCAUGUUAAGCACUUAAGAUUGAAGUUAGCUUACUUGGAGAUGCAUGGAACUCAAGGAUUCAGCAGGGAUGUUAAAUUCAUAGUGGAAGUUCAAGACUUUCUCAAUCAGAAAAUUGUACGAAGCUCUACGGUACGCUAUUAUUUUUUUUUAAGAAGUAAUAAAUGCGUAUAUUUUUAAGUUGCAUUUUUCUUGCAUUCCAGGAUUGUUUGUUGAGGAAGUACUGCUCCAUUUGAGUAGAUUGCGAUGGAGUUUGCUGGGUGGGUGUCCCAGCUGGCUGAGGAGCCUAAGGAAAGGGAGGCAUGCAGCAAGGCCUGCUGCCCAAAGGGGGCAGGGUGUUUGGGUACAGACGAGACCUUGUUUAUGGUAGAGAUGUGUAUUUUUUUAUGUAAUAUAUAGAUUAUUUAAAUAUAACAUAUCUUAAACUGGGAUUCGCUGAAAAAGUGUGCUGUAUCUUGAAUGUAAAAUUACAAUCAUUUGCUAUGACAAAGUAUCGAUGCUUUAAAAAUAGGGUCUGUAUUGGUAACAGAAGAGCUUUGUUUGAAAGAAGCGUGGCCUCGGUUUCUGGAGGAAAAAAUAAGUGUGCUGAUAUUCCUGAGACUGUCUCAUGCUAAAAACAUGUCUGUGUCACAACAUUGCACUGAUGAUUUCUCUGUGCGGGUAACACAUCUUCACUCGGUCUCGAAUAUCCUGGGCACCAACUUGUUAUCCCUAUUUAUGCAAACAGUUACAUUGGUGGAACUGCUUACUUGUCAGAGACUUCAGGAUUAGGCAGUAAACAAACUCACUGUUUAAAAGAAUAAAUAAAGUCAGUCGUUUGCAC